GAGAAGAAAAUUACUUUUAUAGGGGCUGCCUGCCACCCUUUUCACCAGCGCCGGCCUCAGCAACUCACUCUUCCCGACAGGGACAGCAGCUAUCCUCCUCUCUCUCUCUCUCUCUCUCUCUCUCUCUCUCUCUCUCUGACAUACAUAGGCAGCCGCAGAAACCCUCUCUCUUUCUCUAUCUCUCUCACAUAGGCAGCCACUGCAACCCUCUUUCCUCUCGGUCUCUCUCUGGUAACUCUAACCUGCAACUUUGAUUCCUGAAAGAUUAGAAUCAAGUGUGUGAACAAUGUUGCCACCUCGGAUGAAGCAGGCCAUUACAGAUAACCCAAAGAAGCUGGCAAAUUUGAUUGAUCUUAUAAAUCUUCCUACGCCAUUAAGGGAGUUCAUGGGGCAGUCUCAGACUUCUCGUCUUGGCUGUUUCAUGCGUGUCUGGUCAUAUAUCAAGGAGAACAAUCUUCAGGAUCCCAACAACAAGAAUGUGGUCAAUUGUGAUCAUAAGUUGAGGAGUAUUUUAUUGGGCAAGCCUCAAGUUGAGUUAGCUGAUCUUCCUUCAUUGAUCAAGCUCCAUUUUCCAAAGAAAACAAGCUAAAUUGGCAAUUCAAGACAGCGUGCCUUCCCUCCACUUCCCCAAGGCGUAUCUCAAGCAAGAAACAUCCUCGUAACCUCAAUUUUGGCAUGUUGUCAUAAGUUUUGUAUUUUGUUUUCAUUCUUAUACUUGUAAUAAGAAAUUAAAAUCAGCAAUGCUACUUUCCUUUCACCACUUUUGUAAUGAGAACAAGCCGAACUUUUCUUAUUAAUUACUUGUCAAGGAAAAAGUGCUUUUCUUUAAGGGGCUAAAAGUAAAAA